UUUGUGAUUUACCAUGGCCAAAGUGCUCUGCAGCCUCCUUCUCCUAGGAAGCGCAGUAAUGAUGACCACCGCCUGCCCUAAAUAUUGUGUCUGUCAGAACUUGUCGGAGUCCUUGGGUACACUCUGCCCGUCAAAAGGUCUGCUGUUUGUGCCCCCUGAUAUUGACAGAAGAACUGUAGAAUUACGCCUUGGAGGAAAUUACAUCAUCAAAAUUACUCAGCAAGACUUCACCAACAUGACAGGCCUUGUGGACCUCACACUUUCACGAAACACCAUCAGCUUCAUUCAGCCAUUCUCCUUUGUGGAUCUUGAAACUUUGCGCUCGUUGCACCUGGAUAGCAACCGUUUGACAGAGCUGGGUCCAGAUGUCUUGCGAGGCUUAGUAAACUUGCAACACCUCAUCCUGAACAACAACCAGCUUACACAUAUCUCCAAAGAAACCUUCGAUGACCUGCUGCUCACCUUGGAGGACCUAGACCUCUCCUACAACAACCUGCGGGGAAUUCCCUGGGACGCCAUACGCAAGAUGCUCAACCUACACCAGCUGAGUCUAGACCACAAUCUCAUCAACCACAUUGCUGAGGGCACUUUCACUGAUCUUGAAAAGCUUGCAAGGCUGGAUCUUACAUCAAACCGUCUCCAGAAGCUUCCGCCGGAUCCUAUUUUUGCUCGGUCACAGAGCAACAUCGUUCUCAGUACACCAUUUGCCCCUAUCCUGUCUCUCAGCUUUGGCGGGAAUCCUCUCCACUGUAAUUGUGAGAUUUUAUGGUUGCGGCGCCUAGAGAGGGAGGAUGAUAUGGAAACCUGUGCCUCCCCUCCAAGCCUCAAAGGUCGUUACUUUUGGUAUGUUCGAGAGGAAGAGUUUGUCUGUGAACCACCAUUAAUUACUCAACACACCCAUAAGCUGUUGGUCCUGGAAGGACAGACGGCUAGUUUACGCUGCAAAGCUGUUGGUGACCCUAUGCCUUUUAUACACUGGAUUGCACCAGAUGAUAGGCUAAUCAGCAAUUCAUCCAGAGCUACUGUGUAUGAAAAUGGUACUUUAGACAUUGCAAUCACCACAUCGAAGGAUUAUGGGACAUUUACUUGCAUUGCUGCAAAUGCAGCAGGAGAAUCAACAGCCUCAAUAGAACUCUCCAUCAUCCAGCUCCCUCAUCUCAGCAAUGGAACUAACCGCACAUCUCAGCCCAAGUCCAGACUAUCUGACAUCACCAGCUCCACUAAAAUCAGUAAAGGCGAGACCAAAGCCCAGCCAGAGCAAGUCGUUUCAGUGUCAGAGGUCACUGGAGUCUCUGCUCUGAUUAAGUGGACGGUUAGCAAAGUAGCGCCAAAAGUAAAAAUGUACCAGCUGCAAUACAACUGUUCAGAGGAUGAUGUCCUGAUUUACAGGAUGAUUCCGGCAAUUAGCAGAUCCUUUUUGGUCAACAACCUGAUGCCAGGGAUGCAGUAUGACCUGUGUGUGUUGGCCAUCUGGGAAGACACUGCCACCACACUUACUGCUACCAACAUUGUGGGCUGUGUGCAAUUCGAGACACGUGAUGAGUACCCUCGCUGCCAGUCACUUCACAGUCAGUUUCUAGGAGGAACCAUGAUCUUAGUGAUUGGCGGAGUGAUUGUGGCCACUUUGUUGGUUUUUAUUGUCAUCCUUAUGGUCCGCUACAAAGUGAACAGCGGUUUGCAAGUUUCAAAGUUAGUGACGGUGAGCAACACCUACUCCCAGACCAAUGGGAGACCACAAGCUCCACAACGUCUUAACAAUGGCGCUCCUACACCACAGACACCAAAAACUGUAGUGGUGAUGCGAGAUGAAGUGGUGGAGUUUAAGUGUGGCUCUUUGCAGAGUAGCAUCUCGUCCUCAUCAUCCUCCUCAGCAGACACACUUGGAUGUGAUAAAGUGGAGUCCUUCAACCGGCAUGUAGAUUCGAACACCUUGCCCCAUAGGUGGAAGCAGUCGUCAGCCAAGGCACGGCCAAACUUGGAUAACCUUCUUGGGGCAUUUGCCUCUCUGGACUUGAGAGCUCCCAUAAGAGAUCCAGGAGGACCAUCUUCCUCUGGGACCAUGGCAAUGGCCAUGAGACCCCCAACUGACAAGGAGCCUCUGCUAGGCCGAGGAGAUUCUAAGCUUGGAAAGCUUGUAAUGCUGCCAUCAGAGAACAAGCCCAAGCGCAGCCACUCAUUCGACAUGGGGGACUUUGGUGCUUCACAGUGCCUUAGCUACCCACGGCGUAUCAGUAACAUUUGGACUAAGAGGAGUCUCUCAGUUAAUGGCAUGCUUCUGCAGUGUGACGAGAGUGAGGGGGAAGGCGAUAAAGCGACAUUUGAUAGCUCUGAGUGGGUCAUGGAGAGUACAGUCUGACAGGGACAUCAGAUUAGCUCUGCCAAAAAAGAACAAAAAAAACAUUCUUCAAACGUUCGGGUAAAAAGGAUACAAACUUGCUGCAUCAUAUGACGUCAAGAAGGACUCAAAUGGUAUAAUAAAAAGACACCUCAGCAUUGGCCAUGACUGUGUAAUGCAUGAUUUUCCAUCUCAAUAUUGUCCUUCUGUUUAUUUGAUCACAAAAAAUUGUUCAAAUGUAUGUGUCUAAGUUUUAGGGAUGCAAACAGGGCCAGAGCUCAUCCUAUUUAUUGAGACAUGAAUGAAGGAUAUCUCCAGUUGCCUUCAAGCAUUAAAGCAGAUAUGAAUAAAUACCCAAGAACAAGAGAUGUUUGGGUAUCUCAGAGAAGCAGGGGAAUAAAAGAGAGAGUUUAUCCGACUGUGCGCUGCAGUUUGCCAAGAGGAUUUUCUUCAGCUAAUGUGGAUGUGCAUCACAAUGGACCAAACGUUCCCAUGAGGUGAGACUACGUAGAAAGAAACAGAAAGAAAGAAAUGCAAAUGUAAUGAAAUUUUGUAGGUUCUUCUUUUGUUUUUGUUACUUCUAUUGCAAUGUUGGACCGAAGUUGCACACUGUUAAUUAUUUUUAUUAUAUUUAUAUGUCAGAUUCAUGUGAGGAAAAAAAAACAACGACGCAGUCUGUCAUACAUGUUUUUCACAACGAAAUUCUACUAAUUGUUGGUAAUGCUUCAUUACAUUAUGUGCCUAUAUUUCAGUUUAUUUUUCAGUGCAUCUAUCACAUUUGUCAUUAAUUUCUGCAUUUGGAAGUUGCUGUCUGAACAGAUCACUGCAAAUUGUAGAGAACAGAGACUUAUUUUAGAGACUAAAAGUCUGUCUAUCUUAGGACCAUAUUACUUACUAAAUUUUACACCCAAACAACUCAUCACAAAAAAGAGAAGUAAAUCAUCUUCCAAGAUGGGCUAGAUAAGGUUCAAUUAUAAUAUAAUUGUUUUCUCCAGCUACCUUGAAAUUGUUAGCAAGGCAUAUGAAAAUCUUUGAUAAGGUCUACUUGGUAUUGUCAAUUAUCGUUUUAAAGAAAUCACUGCGCCAUGGUAUUACAACAAUAUUUUCCAAGAUUAUUCCAAUGAUAAGAUAAAACAUUAUGCUUUUCUGUGAUAUUUAGUAAUGUAAUUACCCCUUAAACAGUAUAGAUUUAUUUUUUAUUCUAUUUGUAAGAUUAGUUUGUUACAGUAGCAUUAAUUAUUUAAGUUUCCACUCAACACAUCCAUAUCUUAAAGUCUUAAAGGGAUAAUUCAUCCAAAUACUCAACCUCAGCCCUCUUUAUUAAAUUGAACACAAGAUAAUAUAUUUUAAAGAAAACAAAAGAGCCGGCAGCUAGCUCUCUGCAACUCUCACAUGGUUGC